CCUGUUCCCUGGGGUGCAGAGGUGCUGGGGAAGCAGUCGCUGACUGUCUUGAGAAUAUAGGUUACCCUUUUCAGCACCUUGGAGUCUAAAAGGUCCUGCAGCUGGGGAAAUUUUAACAGCUUAUUUAGACCAAAGAUUGGAGAAGGCAGCAACAAGGCCCCCUCCCUCCUGCUCAUGGGUAAACCAGGAGUGAAGUGGCCCUUGUCCUGCCCCUCCGCCUUAGGUCUUCCUGCAGUAGAGGCCCUUGAUAUGAGACCAAGGUCUGCUCCCAGUUUCCAGAAUAUUUGUGGAACCCUGGGCUCCCUUUGUUCCCCUUCUGUUUUCCAAUGUCCUCUCUCCAUGAUAGAGCAGGGUCAAGGAAGGGGGAGAGGGUUGGGAAUGGAACUAAAUCUGGCUUGCACCUUUCCUCUCUCCUGACCACUCUGAAGGACCAAGCCUUUCCUGGUGGGGAUAAGAGGGAAGGAGCCCAGAGGCCAGGUUCAUUGUCACACUGAGCUCUUCUGCCUGUGCUUUGCUACUCGAUUUCUGGCCGUCUGCAGUCCCUUUCCAGACACCUCCAAAAGAUUUUUGCCUGGGGAGGCACUGAAAAGUCCCCAACUCGGGAAAGCGCAUGAAAUCAUUACAGCUCCGGAGCUGUUCAAAAUUCGCACUGGUGUUCCCUACUCAUGUCCUCACUUCUCUGGUGUGGAGAGAAAUUGAAACUGCCUUGGAGCUUAGCGUUGGGAGGUUUUGGGAGGGAUGGGUUUCUGCAAAGGGCUUCGGGCUCCGAGACUAAAUAGCUAAAGAGGGAGAACCUGGAGCAGGCACCCAAGGCCCUCGCUGGGAAGGGCAGAGCGUGCAGACCCAGGCCGUCCUCCGGGAUAGGAUCCGAGCAGAGCUCGGGGCCCCACCUGGAUCUGGAGAGAGGGAGGAACAACCAAUGGGCUGCGCCCGUCCCGUGCGAGCAGCCAAUAGGCGGUAGGGGGCGUGUCAUCCGAGGUGGUCGGGAGUGGGCAUUCGGUCGUGGGGCGCGGUCCCCGGCGCUCGCUGGAGGCUCCGCGAUGACUGCUCUGAGCCCGGGCGAGGCCGCCCAGGCGGGCAGUAUUCAACAGAUGCACGGAAAGACGGCUUCUUUGAAGAGCACGGAGAAACUAGGCAGGGUCCAGAGACUCCGAGGCUCCAGUCUGCACUGGCCAGAAGGCUUGAAGGGUGAAGACAUAAAGAAGUGCGGCCGAGAAGGGACGCUACUGAGAAAAUACAACCAGCAAUAUCACAAGCUGUUUAAGGACAUCCCCUUGGAGGAGGUGGUUCUCAAAGUGUGCUCCUGUGCCCUCCAGAGGGACCUCCUUCUCCAGGGCCGGCUCUUCAUCUCCCCCAACUGGCUCUGCUUCCAUGCCAGCCUCUUUGGCAAGGAUAUCAAGGUGGUCAUUCCCGUGGUGUCUGUGCAAAUGAUCAAAAAACACAAGAUGGCGCGGCUCCUUCCCAAUGGCCUGGCCAUCACCACCAACACCAGCCAGAAGUAUGUCUUUGUGUCACUGCUCUCCCGGGACAGUGUAUAUGACAUGCUGAGGAGGGUCUGCACCCACCUACAGCCUUCCAGCAAGAAGAGUCUGAGUGCAAGAGAAUCUCUAGAGGAACCUGAGUGCGAGUCUCUGGAAGUCCCCAUCCCUGAGAUGAAGUGGAGAAAAGUGUGCCCUGCCUCCAGGUCCCUGUCCCUCCCAGACAAUAUCCCUUGUAUCCCUCGGGCAUCCACGGAUGACUUCUUCCCCUCCAGGAAGCCUCCGGGGUCUGGUGAGUUCAGCGGAAAGCCAAGAGCCCAAGCGGCUCCAGAGAACACGGGCGGGGGAGUGGGCUGGGGUCCUGCCCUGCCCAGGAAGAUGCCUAACGGUCCUGUUGCAGAGAACGCUGACUAUGAGGAGAAGAGGCUGGAGGACGAGCCCAAGAGCAACGGGGAGCAGAGGCUCUGGGAUCACGGGCUCCUGAAGGUCUUCCUCGUGCUGAUCUGCUUCUUGGUCAUGUCUUCAUCGUACCUGGCGUUCCGCAUCUCCCGGCUAGAACAGCAGUUAUGCUCCCUGAAUUGGGGCGGCUCAGUCCCUGGGCACAGGUGAUGCCUUUUCUCUUUCUCAUGCUU